AUGCAAGUUAUCAUUGGGCAAGUCUGUUCAGAGGACGCUAGUCAUCUGAAACCAGUCAUUGGACAGUACGCAGCACCCGAGCCAGAGGUAAAAGGCCUGGAGCCUCCCAUCUUUGCCAAUAAUCAAAAAUCACAUGCAAAAAUGAGUAUUAAUCACCCGCAGCUUGCUGCUAUGCUAUGCCCUGUCAAGCACUUGGGUGAAUACUUGGAUGAUCCUAAAGGGACACGUCAAAAGUUGGAAAAUGGAGAUAUCAAGAUGCGUGCACAUGUCUGGCCUGCUAUGGUAUACUCCGGUAAAAUCCCAGGAGAAGACUUCAACCCUAAGCGGGUGCAGAAUGGGCUGCUUGAAGGAUACCUCAUUGAGCGGGUGAGUUUUUUUAAUACAUUGAUUGAUCUUUGA